GCCGUGGGCGCCCCGGCGGCUCUGUGGGCGCGCGCGCGUCGCGCGGCUCCGGGGACCGGUGGGUCCCGACGCGGCUGGGCGUUGCGCGGAUGGCCCUGCUCCCGUGGCCCGCGCUCGCUCUCCUCCUCGUCGUCCUGACCGCCGCGCUCAGGUGCCAGGAACAGGCCCAGUCCACCGACUGGAGGGCCACGCUGAAGACCAUCCGGAACGGCGUUCACAAGAUCGACACGUACCUGAACGCCGCCUUGGACCUGCUGGGAGGCGAGGACGGGCUCUGCCAGUAUAAGUGCAGCGACGGAUCUAAGCCUUUCCCACGUUACGGUUUUAAACCCUCCCCGCCGAAUGGAUGUGGCUCUCCACUGUUUGGUGUUCAUCUUAAUAUCGGCAUCCCUUCCCUGACAAAGUGCUGCAACAACCACGACAGGUGCUAUGAGACCUGUGGCGAAAGCAAGAACGACUGUGAUGAGGAGUUCCAGUACUGCCUCUCCAAGAUCUGCCGAGAGGUGCAGAAAACACUAGGACUAGCUCAGCAUGUUCAGGCGUGUGAAACAGCAGUGGAGCUCUUAUUUGACAGUGUUCUACAUUUAGGCUGUAAACCAUACCUGGACAGCCAACGAGCCGCAUGUAGGUGUCGCUACGAAGAAAAAACUGAUCUUUAAAGAAGAUGCUGACAGGUGUGACAGCAGAUGAGGAUGAAAGAACAUGACCUUUGGCAAAGAACUAAUGUUUUUACAGCACAAAGUUGCCUUAUUUUUGUGAAAAGAUUAUUGUAAGACCUUAUUUUGACAUUAAAACCUCAAACUAAAGCCCUAGCCAGUAUGGCUUAGUUGGCUGAAUGUGUCCCGAGCACCAAAAAGCCACCAGUUGAUUCCCAGUCAGGGCACAUACCCAGGUUGCAGCUUCAGUCCCUGGUUGGAA